CGGAUUGGUGUCCCAAAGUUUGACAAAAUACUGAAGGAAAUACAGGAACAUGGUUGUGUUCCGGUCCAUCGACCCGUACCGGAGAUUCCCAGAGAACUGAAAGACAUUGUCAGACCUGUACUCACAUCUACACUCCUGUCCUGUACUGCAGAGGGCAGGCCAACAUGCUGCAACACUCUGGCGGACUGGAAGGCUCUACAAUGGGUAGUCAAAACUGCCCAACGCAUCACCAACACCCCCAGCCUACCUUCCACCAGGGACGUAUAUACAGAAAGGCUCUGGAAAAGGGUCAGCAGCAUCAGGAAGGAUCCUACCUAUCCUGUCUGUGGGCUGUUUGCCCCUCUCCCAUGAGGGAGGAAGGAUCCCACCUAUCCUGCCUAUGGGCUGUUUGCCCCUCCCCCAAGAGGGAGGAAGCUACGUAGCAUCCACAGCAGGACAACCAGACUCAAAAUCAGUUACUUUCCUCAAGCAGUAAGACUGAUCAACACCUCCAAUGAUUAAGCCACCCCUACACACCUAACAACACCCACCCACCACCAGCAUGAUUUGAAAAUUUUCUGCCAGAACCACCUGAGGUCAGAGUGACGCCUGUAUCGUAUAUAUUUAUAUUUAUUGUAUUUUCCAUUGCGUUCUUUAUCUGAGUUAUUUUGUUCUGCAUCACAUCCAGAAUAACAAUUAAUUUCCUUGUCUUUUACACUUGUGUAUCUUCAACCUUGAAUCUGUUGGGUAUACACAACACAUACUCUUUAAGAGACACGAGACUGCAGAUCUGCCGUCUCAAACCAUUUUCCGGAGGAACUCAGUGAGCUGAGCAGCAUCUGUGAUGAUGGAAGCGGGGGCUGUUUGCGUUUUGUGCCAAAAUGCUGACUGUCUCAAUCUCCUGAACAAGACAUUGACAUUUUCUCCCCCAACAACCCUCACCGACAGUGCACAUGCUGCUCAAUAAAGCUACUUCUUUGUAUUUUGAAUCAGUGAUGGUGAGUGGGAGGGGAAGCUGUGAUUCCCCAACCUGCUCCUUUCAUAGAAUGCCCACGAUCAAUUCCCACGACCCAUUCUCCAUCUCCAUACGCCACAUAAAACAUCCGGCUUUCAAAGUUCUUCCACAGGAACAAUAGCUCUGGCAGUGUUGGGAGUUUAUCCAGUCCAGGACAGUCGGGGGUUAAUAAACUAUUAGGGAAAUACUCACCUUCACAGCACAGUUAAUGUGGAACUGUGAAGGUCUGGUGUUUAUCUAUACCAGGCCUCUCUGUCCAGUCAGGGGUCUGUUAAUCACAUUUACUUCACUGUACGAACAUCCAUUGAUGAAUUCAAUCAAGGCAAUAGCUUUGAGCUAACUCUUGUGUGCUUAAAUACUGAGUUCUGAUUUGAGCCAUUUAACAUUUUGACUAUGUUCCUGUUCCCAUGGAAGAUGUUCGAAGGAAACACAAGGAGACUCUGCGGGCACAAACUGAAACACUGAGAGUGAACACGAUCCUGAUGACGGAGAAGGUGAAGGUUUUCCAGCUGGUUGAUCGAUACGCUGAGCUCACGGUCAUUUCUACUGUUCGAGAUCGGAGACUGGUGGAACAUGAGCUGCUGGCAAGAGGCAGAGACCAUGGCGAUUGGAGAGAAAAACAUCUCCGCAGAGAACUGGAAAAAAUCCGGACUGAUCAGUUGUUCCAGAGCAGCUUUUCCUGGAGUAAAUCCAAAUCUGGGAGUUCGUCAGCAGUGGCCGGAGUCCCGGGGAUCGGGAAAACAACAAUGGUACAAAAGAUUGUUUAUGAUUGGGCCACGGGGAAAAUAUUCCAACAAUUCCAGUUUGUUUUCAGUUUCAAAUUCCGCGAUUUAAACUCCAUUAACUGCAGAAUAAACCUGAGGGAACUGAUUCUGGAUCAAUAUCCCUACUUUGGGAAUAUUCUGAGAGAGGUCUGGAAGAACCCAGAGGGAUUGCUGUUUAUAUUCGAUGGUUUGGAUGAAUUCAAGCACGGAAUCGAUUUUGCUGACUGUCGGAGAGAUACAGAACCCAAGCACCAGUGCCCAGAUCCCGAGUGGUGGUGUGAAGUGUCUGACAUUGUGUACAAUUUAAUCCAGGGCAAGCUGCUCCCAGGGUGUUCAGUGCUGGUCACCACCCGCCCCACUGCAUUACAUUUAUUGGAAAAGGCUGAUAUCAGUGUCUGGGCUGAAAUCCUGGGAUUUCUUGGUGAGGAGCGGAAGGAAUAUUUCCUCAGACAUUUUAAAGAUCAGACGGUGGCAGAAGCUGUUUUCAAACACGUGAAGGAGAACGAGAUCCUGUACACCAUGAGCUACAACCCAUCCUACUGCUGGAUCCUCACUCUGGCACUGGGACCCUUCUUCACACAAAGAGUCAGGGACCCACUGCGAGUUCCCAAGACCAUCACCCAACUGUACUCCUACUAUAUUUACAACAUCCUGAAAAACCACGGCCGUGAGAUUGAGAACCCCCGUGAUGUGUUACUCAGGGUUGGUCAGAUGGCCUUCAGAGGAGUGUCUGAGAACAAGAUUGUGUUUACAGAUGGAGAUUUGAUCAAGUACAAUCUGCAGCCUUCCCAGUUCCUGUCCGGGUUCCUAAUGGAGCUUUUGGAGAGAGAGGAUUCUGCUCGGAGCAUGGUGUACACAUUCCCACACCUCACCAUCCAAGAGUUUGUAGCUGCAGUCGCACAAUUCCUGAAUCCACAUCCCGGGGAUAUCCUGAAAUUCCUCACUGAAACCCACAACACGACAGAUGGGCGAUUUGAGGUAUUCCUCCGUUUUGUUGCUGGUCUCUCCAAUCCAAUGACAGCUCGGGGCCUGGAGGAGUUUCUGGGUCCAUUUCCCAAUGAAACAACCUGCCGGGUGAUUGACUGGGUGAAGGAGGAGGUUAAACGCCAGAUUGGAAACACAGAGAGUGAAGCUGGUAAAAGGAGCCUCCUGAACACAUUGCACUACCUGUUUGAGUCUCAGAAUCGUGGACUGGCUCAGGCUGCACUGGAACCUUUGGAAAUACUUUCGUUCAGUGGAAUGACACUGACCCCGAUUGACUGCGCGGUCCUAUCUCAUGCCAUCGGACUCUGUGUUACAAUAAAACAGCUCGACCUGGAGAAAUGCCGCAUUCAGAGUGAAGGAAUCCAGCAGCUGGGACCCGGGCUGCACAAGUGCCAGGACUUGAGACUUGGGGAGAAUAAACUGGGAGAUUCAGGAGUGAAACUGGUGUCUGCGGCUCUGAGGAACACAGAGAGUAAAAUACAGAAACUGUGGCUGGGGGAUGUCGGUCUCACAGAUUCUGGCAUUGAGGAUCUCGCUUCCCCUCUCAGUAAAAUAUCAUCACUAACGGAGCUGGACCUGGGUAGUAAUAAACUGGGAGAUUCAGGAGUGAAACUGGUGUCUGCGGCUCUGAGAAACCCGGAAUGUAAAAUACAGACACUCGUGCUGGACAAUGUCAGUCUCACAGAUUCUUGUGCCGAGGAUCUCGUCUCCGCUCUCAGUACAAACCAAACGCUGAUGGAGCUGGACCUGGGUGAUAAUAAACUGGCAGAUUCCGGAGUCAAACUGGUGUCUGCGGCUCUGAGGAACCUGGAGUGUAAAAUACAGAAACUGCGGCUGGACAAUAUCAGUCUCACAGAUUCUGGUGCCGAGGAUCUUGUCUCUGCACUCAGUGCCAAACCAUCACUGAAGGGGUUGAGCCUUGGUUACAACUCGCUGACAGACCGAUCUGUACCCGCUCUCCGCCGCCUCAUACUGACCCUCCCGAGUCUGGAGUGGAUCGGAUUGUACGGGAAUUGGUUCAGUGAGACUGGGGAGAAGGAAUUGAGAUCUCUGCGGGAACCCAGACCCAGACUGACAGUGUCCCUGUGAACAUCUGUAUGUGUGAACAUCCCCGCCCGCAGGAUGGGGACAUUUUAGCCGAUUUUCCACCCCCAUCUUUCACUCCCGCCCUUACCUUUCAAGGCCACACGCCAGGUUUAAUUCUCAACUGUUCUGACGGAACCGGCUCCAGUGACGUGUCUCCGCCUGCUGUACGGCGGCGCAGCUUCCUCCGGAUUUGCAGGUUCAAGACUCCCCGCCACGUGAGACCCCGAACUACAUAGACAGGAAGAGCCUGGGGGCCAGGGCUCAGUCUGGGACACCGGUGUCCCGGGGUGGGAUUAUCCCGGGAGAGAAUCCUUUUGCUCCCUUUGCUGAGGACGGUGCAUUCGGCAGUCUGGCCGAUGUAAUAAUGUCAAAUUGACAAAUCCCUCUGCAGUGACCCUGGAUCUGCAGCGAUCCCGACACAGCCCUGAAGUGUGAUUUUAUAAUCAUCGGUUCCCCGAUGCAGUGUGACCGUGAGAAACGGGACUGAUUAUUCAACCGGUCACUCGUUGUCACCGGUCAGUUAAUUGUGUGUGACUGUGAGUGAGUCGGGAGCAGCUUAUUUAUUCCCGCACGUCAGUAGCUCACACAUUGUUUAAUUUACAUUUGUUAUGAUGAAAUCAAUAAACCGCUGUAACUU